CGGUAAUACUGAAGCACUAUUUGCAAUGUCUCCUGCACGGGCACGGACUCUUCUCGGGCUCCUGGUCACACUGUGUACCCAGAGCGCACUAUUGUCGGGUUCUAAGCCAUUGCCGCCACGUAAUGUGAAGCUGACAUCGGUGAAUAAGGGCUUAAAGGUCACAUGGGAUCCACCCAGUGAGCUGGAUGGACGGCCAGUAGACAGCUACAGCAUCGGCUAUGGGAAGUCCAUGAAGUCAUUACGCUUUGUCACUGUGGACAAGGACAGACGGUCCGAGAUACUAGACGACGUAGAGCCUGGAGUCCUGCAUUUUCUCAAGAUGAAUGCAGAGAAUAAGGAUGGGAUGAGUAAACCUGUCUACAGGGCAGAGACUCCAGGAGGGGGAGAGUGGGUGAAAUUGGAUGGCUUUGCUGUCGAGCCUUUUAACAGAUCCUCUCCAGGCAGAAUGGUGUCUAUAACUUCAUCACAAAUCAAUUCACGGCCCCUAGCUCAGAGGACAGCUCUAGGACAACAGAGGGCCCCACAGUCAUCCUCUGGACCAGAACCCCCUCAUCAAGGAGGACACUUCCCUCUCCGAGGCCAGAACAAACACAGAGUGGACCUCAGCCAGCACCAAGCAGACCAGCGCAAUGCUAACAAACCAAAACUGGCCUCUGAGUCCGUCUAUGUGGUAUCACUGCAGGCACCCAGAGCCCAGGGGAGGAGUGCACCCAUUAACACGGCUGUCAUGAGUAAAAAAGUCACCACAGAGCCAGAGGUUCUGGAUGAAGUAAAGGACAUAACAGUUAGAGUUUUGUCCCCUCAGUCUGUCGUUAUCACAUGGAUUGAUCCACUUGUUGAGGAGAAGAAAGAAAGUCCAGGGGGAUCAAGGCAUUACACAGUGAAAUACAGAGAGAAAGGAGAAUCUGCUCGAUGGGAAUACAUGGACACUCCUCAGAGACGUCUAAUGAUUGAAACACUCUCCGCAGACAGCAUGUAUGAGUUCUCUAUUCGAAUCUCACAAGGAGACCAGCAGGGAAAAUGGAGUGCAUCUGUGUUCCAGAGAACUCCUGAAUCAGCUCCCUCUGGCCCUCCAGAAAAUUUUCAGCUGAAACCACUUAGAGGGAAAGGAACUGCUGUUACAGCAACCUGGGAUCCACCUGAGCAAACCAAUGGACGAAUAAGAGAAUACAUCCUCUCGUAUGCUCCUGCUAUGAAACCAUUUGGCGCAAAGUCAAUUACAUACCGUGGCACCACCACUUCUGCUACUAUAGAUGGACUUACACCAGGUGACCGCUACAUCUUCAAAAUCCGUGGAGUCAAUAGGAAGGGGCAAGGACCACAAACUAAAGCCAUUAUCGUUGCAAUGCCUGCAUCCAGCAGCCACAAGACCAGUCAAAGCAUCUCCAAGACAUCAUCAUACAAUGAAUCAGACAAUCAGGAGUCAGAAAAUCAGGAUGAGAUGGAGUCAGAUACUCAGACUACAACUCCUGCCCCACCCACGAAUCGACGGACACGCCCUCUUUCCCAAACAAGGUCCUAUCACAGCAUCUUCUCAAGGGGUUCUGCCAGAAAUGGAGGUUCUAACUCAAGGCCAAACUCACAAUCAUCCUCCUCUCAUAUCAAAGAGGAAAAUACAGAUGAGGAACAUAGGCCAACAGAGAGUCCAACAGAUGAGGAAAUAGGAACAAAUGAGGCUAUUGAGGACACAAAACCAGAGAGCAGUAAUAAUGUUUCUCCACAAAAUGUUGAAAAUAUGAAAUCAAACCUCAAAAUAUCCAUCCAGUCAUCAAGCACUACACCAUCACUUUUAAAACCAUCCUCACAUGACUCUGUCCAUAAAGCAUCAGAGGAUCUACGGCCUUCUUGGACACCUCGCAUUUCUUCAAUUGUUGAUAUCAGCCGAUUAAGAAGGCCUAAUUCUCGCACUCAUGGUUCUCGAUCAAGGACGCGAAAUGAAGAUUCUUCCAGCUCAUUGACCAUCCAAGAGUCUGUAGCUACAAGAAAGGAAUUAACUGCAGUCUCCUAUCCUGAGGGAAAGGACUCAUACAACCAGAUAAGUGUCACUGACAAGAAUACUUCGGUGCCCUCACCUCAGGAAACCAGACCUGAACCAGAGAAAGAUUCAGUAUUAUCUUCCUCCAGCUCUAAUUCCUCUUCCUCCUCAUCGGCAUCAUCAUCUUCUUCUUCCUCCUCAUUAUCAUUACCAUCAUCGUCAACAUCUUCAUCAUCAUUAUCAUCAUCAUCAUCAUCUUCAGGUACAAGAAGGAUUUCCUCCCCAUCAAGUCGAGUCACAAGUUUAGGAUCUGGUUCCACGUACCCUAAUAGCAGAAGAGUUGGAAUUUCAACUAGAGCUCACAGACUUCAAACAGGACAGCGCAAACCUGAUUCAUCAAUAUCUUCAUCAUCAUCAUCAUCAUCAUCUGCUUCUUCACAAUCCACACUGCCAACAAGAAAUGGGACUUCUGACAGUAGUAAUAGCCACUCAACACCUCUCCACGAUAAAACAGAGGAGUAUGAGAGCCAUCAUUCCAACCAAAAGAACACAGAGAUAGACACAACAAAGGAUGAAGAACCAGCUGCCUCUGAACAAACUAAAAAACCCCAUUCUGAUACAACUAAAGAGGAACAAAAGGAAAAUUAUGAUAAAAGAGAAGAGAAAAGUGACAGUUAUGGUUCUACUUCCCAGACUUCUUCAAGUACUAGCCCCUCUCUAACAGGGCAAAGUUCAUCCUUUCCAAUACCAAACCGAAAUUCUAGGGUAGUUACAGGGAGUCGCAGACAAGAUGGCAGGAUAUCAUGGAGUAGGACUGCUUCUUCUGUAGGUGCAGGAAGACCAGUUAUUAAUAGAACUCCUUCACAUACUUCUGCUUUGAGAACUCAAGACAUUAAUGAUAAGGCCAAAGCUUCACCCACAACAUAUCCCUCAAAGCAUGGGGUUGUUCCAGUCUCAAAUAAACCUAAUAUGCUAAACAGAGAAACUGUUUCAACAAAUGUUGCAAUAAGCUUCAACAAUCCCAGUAAUAAUGGAAAUGUAAAAAAUAGCAAUGAUCAUAAAGAUGAUUAUCUUUAUGAAGAAAGAAAGGAGAUAUUUGAGAGGAAAAGUAAAGAUGUUGUCCCUACUGUAACAUCUAAAACUACUACAACAGCUGUGAGUGAAACUCACAAACCUGUCCACAACUUUGAAAAUGAAAGUUUGGAUAGGGAGCCAAGUUCAGAAAUCACCAGUUCAAAGUCACUUCCUUCAGUUCCCCAAAGAGUUCCUCUAUUGGGUUCUAAUGGAAGAGUGCGGUCACCUGUAGUAGCAAGUCGGCUGAAAGGGUCAAGGCUUCCUAGUCGGGUGUACCCAGUACAACACAGAAGACUGGGCUCUGCUUCCACACCUAUUACUACAUCAUCAUCUUCUUCCUUCUCUCAGAACAGUCCAGUGGAAUCACCCCAUUUUUCAGAUCGAAACACAAGUGUCAGUAGUAAUACUAAUGUUAGGUUGACCCCAGGUUCAGUUUCUCGCUCUAUUGGUGAAAGCUCUACUGGGAAUAUAUCAUCUUCAUCACGGAAUCCAGUAGUGGGAUCGAGGCUGCGAUCAGUUUCAAAGGAAAACGCCCCAGUCAAUGGCUACAAACCCAGUUAUGGAAAAGGCAAAAAUGGACGGCCGAAUCUGACAGCUGCAAAUGGAAAAGUAUCCUCAACAGCUGAUGACAAUGCUAAACCAGAAGGAGUCCGACAUAUCACAGGUCCUGAUGGAACAAAAUGGGUUGUAGAUCUGGACAAGGGUGUCUUAAUGAAUGAAAAUGGAAGGGUUCUUCAAGAUUCAAGGGGAAGACCGAGAAAAGUGAUCCUUGGAGAAGAUGGCAAGACUAUUUUUGAUGACCAGGGCAGCCCACUGGUCAACCAGGAAGGAUUAGCAUUAUUUGGUCACGGAAGGCACAGUCGGCCUGUUGUUAAUCCCAGUGAAAAGUACCUAACUGUGGGAGGAAAGACUGUUGUAGGCUUGGACCGCCCUAAACCUAGGACUACUACCACAACAACCACUACAACGACAACUUCAACAACCACUACAGCCACAACCACAUCAGAACCCACAACUGAACCCACAACAACAGAAAUGGUAACAGAAACUUUGGAGCCAACAACAUUAGCUGCUGAGCCUACAUGUCCACCUGGACUGUACACACGAUUGGAUACGAAUGGUUUCCCAAUAAUGGAGGCUGAUGGAAUACUUAACUGCUACUCUGAAGAAGAGUUUUUUGUGGAGACCACCACCAUUCAAAUCCCUACAACAACACAAGCUCCCACUCCUGAGACACGGCCAUUCAACAACACCCCUUCCUCUGAGUUUGACAUUGCUGGCAAGAAACGCUUCACAGCUCCGUAUGUAAACUAUGUCCGUAAGGACCCUGGAGCUCCCUGCUCUCUGACUGAGGCUCUAGAGUACCUGCAAGUGGAUGUCUUGGCAGACUUGUUGGACAAGGACCAGCAGUCAUCCAAUCAAAAGCAGCCACCCAAGAACAAGCCCCAUAAUGUCACUGUGGUUGCCAUGGAGGGCUGUCACUCCUUUGUUAUUUUGGACUGGGCACGCCCAUUGAAAGAUGACAUGGUGUCAGGCUACAUGGUGCACAGUGCAUCCUAUGAUGACGUCCUGAAUAACAGGUGGUCAAGCAGACCCUCAAGUGGAACACACCUUCCUGUUGAGAACCUCAAGCCCAAUUCCAGGUAUUACUUCAAAGUUCAAGCAAAAAACAUCUUUGGUUUGGGGCCACUUAGUGAAACUUUAACGUAUGUCACAGAGUCAGAUGACCCUCUUCUCAUAGAGAGACCCCCAGGUGGGGAGCCUAUCUGGAUCCCAUUCUCAUUUAGGUAUAACCCUGCCCACAGUUCCUGUAAAGGAAGUCAGUUUGUCAAGCGCACCUGGUAUAGAAAGUUUGUAGGUGUUGUCCUCUGCAACUCAUUGCGCUAUAAGAUCUUCAUGGGAGAUGGACUGAGAGAAACAUUCUUCAGCAUUGCUGAUUCAUUUGGCCAUGGAGAGGACCACUGCCAGUUUGUGGACUCCCAUCUAGAUGGAAGGACAGGACCACACAAUCUCUCCCUCCACCUAUCCACAGCUCAAGGUUAUUAUCGUUCAGAUAGACAACAGCCAGUGAAUUUUGGUGCUAUCGGCAGGCGCACACCAAAUCCUUUCGUGGGCUGGUAUGAGUGUGGAGUUCCAAUCCCCGGGAAGUGGUAACGAGGAAAAUCCAAAAGGACAUUUCCACAGGCAAUAUGUUCUUCCCUUUAUUUAUCAGCCAUUCAAAGAGGUGAACUAUUGCUCACCAUGGCAACAAAACCUAAAUCAUAUAACAACUGCUUCUGAUGGAAGGAAUAUAGUACUUUGAAUAACACUAAUUUUUACAUAUUCGAAAUCAAGCACUUUUUUUUUUAAAUCAGUCUGUAUAUGAGGAUAUUGCAGCAUGUGUAUUGAGUUUAAUAACAGUGGUUUCUUAUUUUAUUUCAUGUGUUCAGUGAUCUAAUUGUUUCAGAUUCAAUUCCACCUGGAACCUUACAGUAACUUCAAAGAAACACUAGUAGGCUACUUAAAAUAUCAAAGCACAAAAUCAAAUGACAAAAAAAUGUGUGAAUCGCUGAUUCGCAAAUGAUGUAACAAAUUUUCUGUGAGUGAUGUGUGUUGUUUUUAUAACUUUUUUUUUUUUUUCUUACCAAAGGUUGGUAUGGAAGUAUUGCCCAUAUUAGGCAAUAUAAAAUAUGUUUUAUUUUGCUCAGGAAUGGUUAAAAAUUGAAUAAAGGUGCUAUAGAGAAAAUCAAACUUUUACCUCUUCCUCUGCUAUUAAAACUGGUUCUACAGACAUUUUUUCAAAGUUUAUUGCUGUUUAAACUUCAUUUUCAUGUAGGUUGAGCCAGGACUGUGAUAUUAUCAUAUAAUAUAUCAUAUCAUAUCAUAUCUCAUAUAUCAUAUAAACGUUAGAGCUGUCAAUCUAUCUGUCAAUUUUUAAUCAGCAGGGAGUGAAGCCAAACUGGAGCCUGAGGUUAAAGAGAGCCCAUGAUGGCUGACCGAAAGAGAACCUUGAAAACGACCGCGGGCCCAGUGGGCAAUGAAAACAACUAAGGGGGAAAGGGGGAACACCCCGCCCCCGUUAGGCGAAUAUAUUGUUCAUUUCCAUAAUAUUGAACAUUUGCCUACAGCCUACAGCCAUUCAUUUAGCAAUUGCAUUUGUCAGUCUGUCCGAGAGAGAUUUAUUAUAGGGCUUUUCUAAGGACUCGUCAAUGUACAUAUGCAUCAGACAGAUAUUUUUGGAGCGUCUCACUUUGGUUGAGUUGUGUCAUAAACACAACAUUUUUAGGUUGCUGUAUCAAGUUAAAAGUAGCUUGAAACUUAGAAAAACACGUCUCGAAAUUCCUGUGUUCAGAAUUGUGCUCUGUCCAGCUGUGUUUCAAUGAAAGAAUGUGUUCUAGUCUUGUGCUGUCAAACAAGACUGUGGGUGGUUUGUAUGUACUGCUGUGCAUUGCCUAUACAGUUGCAGUUCCGCUUACUGCUCCCUGCUGAAAACAGGUUGUACUUUAAGCUUGAAUUUCCUUAAUACGGCCCAUAUACGAUUAAUUGUGUAAUUUUUUUUACACUUUAUUUUUUAUAUAAUUAAUCGCACCGAAGUAACACUUUGAAUCAACAGCCCUAAUUAUAUUAUACCAUGGUCUGUUCUAAUACUCGAUUCUUAUUGGCUGGAAUGCGUGCAUUUCAAACCGUUGAAUGCAAAGGUAGUUCCAAUCAGUUUGAAUCACCGUUUGAUAUCAAUGCACUGUUUGUAACCAUAGCAACAUAACAUUACAGAGCAAGCAGAGUGAAUUAUUGCAACUGAAAACAUUUUCUAACCACUUUCAUCAGCAUAGCUAAUAUAAUGGAAUACAGUUUGUUUUGCACAGAGGGUGAGAGAAUGAAAUCAGGGCCUAUUAAAUGUGUCCUGCAAAUCGAUGCAAGACGAUUUAUACUGUAAUGUGUUGUUUAUGUUAAGUUGCUGUGCUGAAGUGCCACCUAUAGCCACUAGAUGCCCCCCUGCGAUCACACAUCUCUGACUCAAACGCUGAAGGAGAAGUGCUGUUUGUUUGCAAAAUGCAGGCAGCAUUUUGCGGUGAAGUGCUACCAUGCAAGGACAAAUUGUGAUUUCAUUUAUUCAGUCAAUCGUGCAGCCUUGAUGGAUACCAUACCAAUGUCUCAGAGGUCAAAAUCUGCAGGUUCCAGAAUGUUUUGAAUGGUUUUCCGCUUAUUAUACAGUAAGUGCUACUUUUACUGUCACUGUUUGUAAUGUCGGUUUUUCCACAUUAAUGUGAAAAUGACAAUUAAUAAAAAUUAAAUAAUACAUGUUCUCUGGA